AUGGAGCAAUUUCAACAUUCAUCAGAGACUAUCAGCAGAUAUAAUGCACUGGUAAGUUUAGCUUCUAAGAUACUUAAGCCUGAAGAUCCCAGACUUCAAUCCAUCCCUGCACAAAUUGCGAAUGACAAUCGUUAUAUGCCAUUUUUGAAGGAUUGUAUAGGAGCUAUUGAUGGAACUCACGUUGAUACACGUGUAUCUGGAACCGACAAAGUAGCCUACAUUGGACGUUGUGGUUCUCCCACACAGAAUGUGAUGGUCAUUUGUGAUUUUAAUAUGUGUUUUACAUUUAUGAUGGCCGGAUGGGAAGGAAGCGCUCACGAUAGUCGUGUUUUUAAAUUUGCAACAAGACGUCAAACUCAUUACUUUCCAUACCCCCUCCUGGACGAUGAGUUCCAGAUAUUCAGGGAAGUCCGAGAAAGUGAUGUGUCGGUGCGGACUACCAUCCUUGCUACUCAUGUCACGUAA